AGCGAAAGCUCAAGCAAAUCCAAGCGCUUAAACCACACUCAUCAGAUCAACCACAGCCAGCCUCCCGAGCAGAACUCGCUCGUAGCCCCGAGAACCAACAGCCCUCCUCCUCCCCCUGCAGCGAGAUGGCUCCCGAGCUUGCCGGCAAGAUGACCGCCAAGGCCGCUGCCGCCGCCGCCGCCGCGGCGGUGACGAAGCCCGCGACGAGGGCGUACGUGACGUUCCUGGCCGGCGACGGGGACUACUGGAAGGGCGUGGUGGGCCUGGCCAAGGGCCUGCGCAAGGCCCGCUCGGCGUACCCGCUGGUGGUGGCCGUGCUGCCCGACGUGCCGGAGUCCCACCGCCGCAUCCUCGUCUCGCAGGGCUGCAUCGUCCGCGAGAUCGAGCCCGUGUACCCGCCUGAGAACCAGACGCAGUUCGCCAUGGCGUACUACGUCAUCAACUACUCCAAGCUCCGCAUCUGGGAGUUCGUGGAGUACGAGAGGAUGGUGUACCUGGACGCGGACAUCCAGGUGUUCGAGAACGUCGACGAGCUGUUCGAGCUCGAGAAGGGCUACUUUUACGCGGUGAUGGACUGCUUCUGCGAGAAGACGUGGAGCCACACCCCGCAGUACAAGAUCGGCUACUGCCAGCAGUGCCCGGACAAGGUGGCGUGGCCAGCAACCGCCGAGCUGGGCCCUCCGCCGGCGCUCUACUUCAACGCCGGCAUGUUCGUGCACGAGCCCAGCAUGGCCACCGCCAAGGCGCUCCUCGACACCCUCCGUGUGACUCCGCCCACCCCCUUCGCGGAGCAGGACUUCCUGAACAUGUUCUUCAGGGACCAGUACAGGCCGAUCCCGAACGUGUACAACCUCGUGCUGGCCAUGCUCUGGAGGCACCCCGAGAACGUGCAGCUGGAGAAGGUGAAGGCCGUGCACUACUGCGCGGCCGGGUCGAAGCCGUGGAGGUUCACGGGCAAGGAGCCCAACAUGGACAGGGAGGACAUCAAGAUGCUGGUGAAGAAGUGGUGGGACAUCUACAACGACGAGACGCUGGACUUCAAGGGCCUGCUGCCCCUCCCGCCCGCCGACGCCGACGCCGACGACGAGGUGGAGGCGGUGGCCAAGAAGCCGCUGCGCGCGGCGCUGGCGGAGGCCGGCACGGUCAAGUACGUCACCGCGCCCUCGGCCGCGUGAUCCCGUGCUCUGGCUUCCCACCGCCACCGGUGGCCGCCGUGCUAUAGCAGCUUGUGUGGUCAUCGUCAUCGCAGAACAUAAGAAGAAUCUCACUAUAAGGACUUUGUUUUGCAUUUUGUUUUUUGAAUUAGGGUGUCUAAUCUUCGAUCAGUUCCUUGUACUUAAGUGUGAGCUUACUAUAUAGUACCAUUUCAAGGUGCAAGCAUGCGUUGGUCAGGAAUUGCGCUUUGUGAAUACGCCCUUUGGUCACAGCUAGAGUAUUUGUCCUGUACCGAGGGAUUAUCAUUAUAUGUAUUUUGGUUGGUAAAUUAUUAUUAAUAUAUAUAAAAUAGGAAGCCGCAAAAUUAUGGCCGUAUUUCUGUCA